UAGCUUUGAACAUCAGUUAUUCAACUACAGCUCGAAGACGAAGCACUAAAAUUCUUUCUAUCUUUAAGUAUUUCGAAAAAGUUGAACUUAGAAUGGAAAACGGAAACGAGAAGUCACUUCCUCGUAUUGAGAUUACCAAGGAAGAAGUACCACGGAGUGUGGGCAUGUCGUAUUUGGAGAAGAGCUCUUCAUGUCAGACAUUCGAUGACGCCGUGUUGACAUCAAUGAGGGAAAAAAAGCCACUUGUUUGGCGUACUGCUCGAUCCGAAGGAGAUGAGGCGGAAACCGAGGCUGAGGUUAAUGCGAAAUUUAGGGAGGUGGUGAACAGGAUUCAGAAAAGACAGCCAGAGGACGCUGAGCAGUCAUCGUCCCUUCCAAAGCCAGAAGAGAAUUAAAGAAAUCGGCGCCUGCCUUCUUCUGGUAUGGAACCAAAUUUAAACGUAAAAGGUUCCAUCACUGCAGUGAUUCCCGAAGAAGCCUUCCUAAGAAGCAGAAACCAGAGACCAGGUAACACUCCCCACGAGCAGAAGUAGAUGGCAGAGUGAACAAGGAGCUGAGGAGUGGCGUUGGCCACGACUGCCAGCGCUUGAAAAGACUUUCCGAAUGUUGACCUUGUUAAAAUUUAUUGUUCUAAUAAAAAUAUUGUGGUUAAUAUUCCUUGAAGGGUUUUAGUUCUAGAUUUAUCAGAGCCAGACCCUUAGCCGAAAGAUCGUCUGUUCUAUG